AUGAAUAUGGAUAAAGAAAACGCUGUUUCCAAUGCACUCAAGCAGCUUUCAAUAAACAAGCAGAAAUCACCUACACUCGAUGAUCAUCUUGACCUAAUCCAUACUACUCAGGAGGAAAUCCAGGCCCAGCUUCACAAUAUCGAAGUCCAAUCGACCCAGACAAGCGUCGACUUGGCACAAUUAUUUGAUCGGCUGAAGAAUAACAACCAGAAUUUGAAUAGAUUGUUGGAAAAUGUCGUUGCUUAUUCCAAGGAGGUGAUGACUGAGGGGAAUGCUACCAAGGCGGAUAUGAAUCGGAUCUUUGACAAGUUGGAACAGUUGGAGACAGUAGGGAAGGAGGAAACCGGGGAGGUUGCAAAUAUGGUAAAAGGGUUGUUAGAGGCUUUGAAUAAACAAUAUAAGGAAGUUGGUGGAAAUACUGUACGUGAAGUGAAGGAAUUCCAUCUGGGGUUAAAGCAGUCUUUUCAAUGCGAAGUGGGCGACAUUGGUGCUUCUUUAUCUGGAAUAAAAGACAUCUCAGAAGAGUUGAAGUCAGGAAUCAAGAAGAAUAAAGAUACAUUGGACAGCUUAACUGAGAAGAUACCCAAUGUCGAACACAUUUCCGAUCCUAUAGUUCGAGAAAUCAAAUCUUUAAAUAGUAAUUCCGAAGCCACUCUUCAAAAAAUAUUGGACAGGAUAGCCCAACUUGAGAAACCACAAAAUUACCAAGAACAAUUCAAUUUGAUCCUUUCCAAGCUAUCUAAAUUUGAAGAAACAAGAGCGGAACAAGACAACAAGCGACAAAUUGAACUCACAAACAAACAACAAGAAUUAGAACUGAAAAUAUCUCACUUAGAGAACAAGUACUCAACACUUUGUAAUUCGUAUACCCAAAAGUUUCACGAAUACCAACAGUUGAAUGAAAAAUACACAACGUUGGUUAAGCAAAUUGAAACAUUGGAUGUUCCUACUGACAUGACUCGAUUAAAGAAAGUACGCCAAUUUCACAGCAGUACACCCACCACAAACUUUUCAGCUAAACAAAAGAGAAUUGCCAGUACGCCAGUACCACGACUGGCUGACUCUGAUUUCAUCAACAAUUCCGAUGAGGGAUUUUAA